GAGGAAAAUCUUCCAAUCCUAGCUCCCUAUGCAGUAUGCACACCAAGGCAACACGGCACCACAGCUCCAGUAGCCCCAACCUCAUCUCAUCUUCCAUCCUUUCUCACCCAUUUGACAUUCUAGAGAGUCAAGUGGGCAAAAGACUGCCCCCACACCGCUAUAAAACUACAGACCCCAAGAACAAAAAGAAAAACACAAGCCGAGAAAAAAAAAAGACAGGCAGCAGGCAGUAUAGACCCGUAGCACUCACCCCUUUUUAGGAGGGAUCCAAUGCCCCCCUUCCCCACCAUUUCUCUCUCUCUCUCCCCUCUCUCUCCUUUUACUCUGCCCAUAGUCUUCCCUCUCUUCAAUAACAAUCAAUAAACUAGCCAAAGUCAGCGCGUCCCCCUUAUCUCCUCUCCUCCUUCUCUCUUCCUCCUCCUGCGAAGCCACCCAACAACUACGACGCUCCUUUCUUUGCCCCGGCGCUAGCUGCAGAAAGCUAAUAAUGGAGGAGGAGCACUACGGCAACAACUGGGAUCUGCACGCCGUCGUGCGCUUCGGCUGCCGGCGCGCCCUCUCCCCGCCGCAGCCGCGGGCCGAACCCAUCGUGCCGCCGCGGGAGAAGAAGAAGGCGGAGGUUCUUCAUUUGGAGAAGCAGGGGGCCGAUGCCGGGUGGUGCUUCCCGGACCUUGGCGCAAGCGACCGCGCCGGCUGUGGAGAAGACGCCAACGAGCUGCUCAAGGCCUUCUUCGCCCCGCCUCCACCGCCGCCGACGCUAAAGCCGCUGCCGACACAGCAGCAGCAGCAGCAGAAGCAGAAGCAGGAGAUGCUGCAGCCGCUGAUGAUACCUUCGGAAGCGCAAGCGCCCCUCCGGAGUCCGACAGCUGCUGCUCCGGCCAGGGCGCAGCCUAGCGGCCGGCCGGCUUCCGGCGCCGUGCCGAGAUCCAAGAGAAGGAAGAACCAGCAGAAGAAAGUGGUGUGCCAUGUCGCGGCGGACGGCGUGUCCUCCGACGUGUGGGCCUGGCGCAAGUACGGGCAGAAGCCCAUCAAGGGCUCCCCUUACCCAAGGGGAUACUACCGGUGCAGCAGCUCCAAGGGGUGCCCGGCGAGAAAGCAGGUGGAGCGCAGCCGCGCCGACCCAAACACCUUCAUCCUCACCUUCACGGGCGAGCACAACCACGCCGCGCCCACCCACCGCAACUCGCUUGCCGGCACCAGCCGCAACAAGUUCCCCCCCCCGUCUUCUUCCUCCGGCCCGCCGCCUCAGCCUCCUCCGCCGUCUCUGCUGGUGGCGGGCGAGGCGGCGGCGGCGGCACACCCCAGCCCGCCGUCGACAUCGACGGCGGGGCUCUCGCCCACCACGCCGCUCCGUACGACGUCCAUGGAGGAGGACGAUGACGAGGAAGAAGACGAGUUGCUCGUGGAGGACAUGGAGAUGGCCGGGGAGGACGACCUCCUGUUCCUCAGCGGCGCCGACAGCGAAGACGGCGCCACCCCCAUGUCCUCCCUCUUCGACGUCGACGACCCCUUCUUGGGGUCCCCCUGGAAUGGGGGCGGGGCUGCAGCCGGCGCCGGGAGUUGACUUGCAUAAAUUCGUUAUACUUGCCGCUGUUUGUUUCUUGGCUUCUUUUAGAGAGGAAAGGAAAUGGAAGAAAGAGGAAGAGAAGCAUCUGAUCUGAGCACCACCAUACUGCUAGUACUAGUGUUAGAAUUGGUAGUUAAUCCAGUACAAAAACAAUUUCUCUCUCCUUUCUUGCUGCUCCUUUUCUAGGUAUGCAUGAGACUUUGCAUCUCUUUUCCUCAGAUGUCCGGUUUUUACGGUUAUUGUAUAUAGAAAGUGGCAGAUUAUGAACCAACCAAAUUAUGGUAGAUAGAUGAAAGAAAAGGGAAGAACAAAAAAAGAGAUGUUGUGUUUGGGUGGUGGCUCUUCUUGGUUCUCUUUUUCUCUGUGUUGCAACAACUUCUUUUCUGAAUGUAGCUUGGACCGCAGUGCGAGCUUGAAUAGAAGAUAACCCUCUAAUGGCAA